UUUUAGUAGGUAUAUAGAAAAAACAAAACAAAAGAAAAAUAAUGACCGGUCGUGGAAAAGGUGGUAAAGGACUUGGAAAAGGGGGUGCAAAACGACACCGAAAAGUUUUACGUGAUAAUAUCCAAGGAAUUACCAAACCUGCUAUUAGAAGAUUAGCUAGACGUGGAGGAGUAAAACGUAUAUCGGGAUUAAUAGAAGAAACUCGUGGAGUUUUGAAAGUGUUUUUGGAAAAUGUUAUUAGAGAUGCCGUAACAUACACUGAACAUGCUAAAAGAAAAACGGUAACGGCUAUGGAUGUUGUUUAUGCUUUAAAACGUCAAGGUCGUACUUUAUAUGGUUUUGGUGGUUAA